CAUACAGAUACGCAUCGUGUGCCGCUCUCUCGCAAUUAACAUCCGCUUCACAUACCUUUCUAUCUUCGUCUCUGGUGCAGCGACAACAUGAAGUCGAUUUCCACGGCUCUCGCACUCAUCGCCUCUGUUGAGGCAGGCCUUCGCUUCCCAUGCUCGACUCUCACAUUCCAGCGUCUGGAUCCUGUUGUUGAGCCAGGCAAUACUCCUUCCGCCCAUGUCCAUCACAUCGUUGGUGGAAAUGCCUUCAAUGCAUCCAUGAGCGGCGAUGUGGGCAACCAGGCUUCUUGCACAACAUGUCAGAUGUCAGAGGACUUCUCUAACUACUGGACCGCUGUACUGUACUUCAAGCACCCCACGAAUGGCUCUUACCAUCGCGUUCCAGUACUCCCAGUCCAGCCUCUCCUUGGUGGAUCGAACGGUGCUCAAGGCGGAAUUACUGUCUACUACACACAGUUCGAUCUCAGCAGAGACAACAUUAAGCAGCAACCAAUCAAGAGCUUCCAGCCGGGUUUCCGCAUGACUGUUGGUAGCCCAACUGCAACCUCAAAACAGCAUGUCGGCUUGACCUAUCAGUGCCUCACAGGUAACAGUCGAGGUCGAGAGACAGCUGAUUUCCCAGAUAAGCCAUGCACUGGCGGCAUUUUCACCACACAUCACUUCCCCGCAUGCUGGGAUGGUAAGAACCUUGACAGCCCGGACCAUCAAUCCCAUAUGUUCUUCACCAAGAGGACUGAUGGCUUCACGAAUGCUCCUGCAUGCCCAUCAUCUCACCCCGUGAGAGUUCCCCAAGUCACCUACGAGACGACAUGGGACACGUCCAAGUUCAACAGCAUGUGGACGUCAGGCGCACCCAACCCAUUUGUCUGGAGCUUUGAAGGCGGCAAGGGUUUCGGUACUCAUGCUGACUACAUGUUCGGAUGGAAGGGCGACUCUUUGCAGAGGGCUAUGGAUAAGUCAGAAUGCUUCUAUGACGGCUGCGGCUCCAUUACGAAGCAGGCCAUGGCUACUGCUAACAAGUGCACCGUGCCGGACAGGAUUAAUGAGGAGACUGUCGGGUGGCUUUCGGUUCUUCCCGGGCAAUCGAAAUAG